AUGGGUCAUCCAGCAGGUCUUCGCGCCGGUACUCGGUAUGCCUUCUCCAGGGACUUCCGCAAGAAGGGAAUGAUCAACUUGGGUACCUACUUGAAGACGUACACAUCCAAAAGGGAAUGCCACACAAAGGUAAUAAUAUAUCUUCAUGAUCCACUGUGUCCUAAUGCUAAAAACCUCGUCGUGUAUCACGGGAAGACGGGCGUAGUUUACAAUGUCACGAAGAGCGCCGUUGGAGUCAUCAUCUAUAAGAAGGUCAAGCACCGCUACAUCGAAAAGCGCGUCAAUCUCCGAGUCGAGCACGUUUCAUUAUCCCGAUCCAGAGAGGAGUUCGUUAAGAGAGUCAAGAAGAACGCAGAGUUGAAGAAGAAGGCCAAGACCGACGGCACACAUGUUCACUUGAAGAGACAGCCAGCCAUGCCACGAGAGGCCCGAACCAUUUCGAUGAAGGAGAACGUACCAGAGACCAUCGUACCAAUCGCCUACGAGACCACCAUCUAG